UGUUUUGCAGAACCCACCUGAAAGGCUGAAAUUAUCCCUUCCAAAUCCUCUCUAGUUCUGAAGGGAGAGUUUUAAAGAGAGAAAGGGAUCAACUUUCAGCUUCUCUCUUGAACUGUCUCUCUGUCCUUCUCCUUGGAUGAGUUUAGGGUUCUCAGUUUCAGUUCCAAGAUGGUCAGUUCUCGUUUUCAUUUUCCUUUUCUUUAUCAGUAAUGAUCAAUCUGUUGCUUCUUUUUUUUUUUUUUUUACUAGUUUGUUUAAUUGAGAUUGUGCUGGCUUUGUGAAUUUUAGCUAUAUCCUUGCUAUUAUUUUGUUAAAAUUCCUGUUUUCAGUGGGUUGUGGUGGUAGAUUUGUAUGCUUUUAUGAUCUUCUGCUAGAACCUUCAUUUGGGUGGUGAGCAAAGCUCCGGGCAACUUUGGGGAAAUCUUUGUAUUCCAGCUUUUGUUUCAUUUAUGACAUUUCUUUUCUGGACUUCUCUGCUUGUAGAUUAUAGUUAUGAUACCGUGUAUGUGUCAUCAUUUGUUUUAAUUUUUGUGGGACAAUGAAAAACACUAAAGACGGUGAGGACUAUUCCUACUUUCUAGUAAAUUAUAGUUUGGCUAUUAUACCUGUGCAUGCCUGUCUGUGUGUAUAGUAUAUGUCAGUACACUUUUAUGUCAUUUGGCUUAAAACACGUAAGAGAUACUCAUCCAAUAAGCAAGUUAUAGCAGAGGAAUGGGUGGAAAGUAGCUUCAACAAGUGAAAGAUGAUCACUCUGCGAGUUCUCGGGGAUGCUCAAUUUCGCUUGGUGCAGCUAUAACCAGGUUUGCUUAAGUUAGCUCAUGAGUACAUCAAGGCAUCUUUGAUUUGUGAUAUUGUUUUUGAUAGCUCGGCUUUAAUGGUAAGCUGAUCAGCCUUAUAUAUAGCUUCAAUCCCAAAGUAAUUUUUUUUUUUUUAAUUUCAUCUAUAUUAAGUUAACUAUCAAUUGAAUGCAACUUGAGUAAUUAUUUUGCAUUGGUCAUUGACUUCAACUCUUAACAGGUCAUCAUCAAAUAAAUAAACAAUAGCUGGAGGAAAGGACGAAAGCAGCUUUAAUCCAGUGAAAGAUGAUUCUGGUGUUCAAUUUUGCUCCCAGCAGGAGGGGUGUCCCAAUAUGUUGCUAUUUGUAUGGCAAUUCACCAAUUCGAGGGUCAGACAAGAGAAGAGUAGCAUAUGGACUUCCUUUUUGCAGCUUAUGCAUAGCUGAAAAUGCAAACCGCAGGAUAUCAAUUCUCACCAAGAUUUGACUUCUGCCUUCUGGUUGCUCAUAAGUUUCCCAUGAUCACUACUGAUGUUACUUCAAAAGCAUUGAUAUGGAGUUUUCACAACUCGUUUUUCAGAUAAAUGGGUGGAUGGCAACAACUAGAGUGCUUCUCCUCAGAACAGACUACAGACAGAAGCAUCUUUGUUCUUCAACAUCAGUAAUGCCACAGAUUCACUAGCCACAACAAACUCAAAGGAUUACAGGGAAACAGAUCACUCCUUGCCAAUUGCCAUGUCCUGCUGCAGUCUUAGUCAUGAACACUGGACAGUCUCUUUUGGUCAUGUCCACAUUGAAGUACUUUUGAAUUAUGGAUACUGAUCCUUUGAAUGAGAUUAAGGUGCUAAUUACCAUGCUUUCUUAUAGACCAAGUAAGUGGGAGUCCCAGACUCUGAAUUCAAUAAUUUCUUGUUGCAACACUGAUAUUAAAGAAUAUUGAAGUUC